CCAACUAACUGUAACUUUGUCCACUGUAUUUUACAUUGUAUGUUCAUUUAGAGUUACUAAGCUAAUCACAAUGGCCACUGUAAUUGCCGGAGAUUCAUCUAAAAGAAAACUUCUUUCAGUGCAUGGUUUACUUGAGAGAACAAAGAUGAUGCCGAUGUCGUUGUGGAGGAGCUUGCAGAAGGUGGGAAGAGACGAUCCGAGGCGUGCUAUUUAUGCUCUCAAAGUCGGAACAGCCUUGACUCUAGUUUCACUAUUGUAUCUUUUAGAACCUCUGUUUCAAGGCAUCGGAAAAGAUGCUAUGUGGGCUGUCAUGACUGUUGUUGUUGUGUUUGAGUUCACCGCAGGUGCCACAUUCUAUAAAGGAUUUAAUAGAGCACUCGGGACUAUAUUUGCUGGUUCAUUGGCAUUUUUCAUUGAGUGUAUUGCUGCGGAAUUAGGCACUGUUUCACGUGCGAUAUUUGUAGGAGGUUCGGUUUUUUUGAUAGGUUUUGCUGCAACAUACGUGAGGUUUAUACCGCGUAUUAAAAAGAACUAUGAUUAUGGUGUAAUGAUCUUCAUUCUUACCUUCAAUUUGAUCACCGUAUCGAGCUUCAGAGAGCCGAAUGUGCUGAAGAUUGCUCGUCAAAGGUUGUACACCAUUGGAAUUGGUUGUGCUGUUUGCAUCUUCAUGAGCCUUUUCGUAUUUCCAAACUGGUCUGGUGAAGAUCUGCAUAAUUCCACAGCAGAUAAAAUCGAAGCUUUAGCAAGAUCAAUUGAAGCUUGUAUUAUGGAGUAUUUUAACGAUGACAUGAGCAAAGAAACCGCGGAGCGGAAAUCAACCAGGGAAACAAUACAAAAGGGUUAUAGAGCAGUCUUGGACUCCAAAUCUGUUGAAGAGUCCCUUGCAUCGUUUGCAAGCUGGGAACCAAGGCAUUCAAGUUAUAGAUAUCCUUGGCAACAGUAUGUAAAGCUUGGAGUUACUCUCAGACACUUUGCUUAUACUGCGGUUGCUCUGCAUGGCUGCCUAGAAUCAGAAAUCCAGACUCCACAAUCAGUUCGAUCAUUGUUCCGAGAACCAUGCUGCAGAGUAGCCGGAGAAGUGUCCAAAAUCCUCCGUGAGCUGGCUAUGAGCAUAAGGAAACGGCAACAUUGCCCACCGGACAUCCUCUCCGACAACCUCCAUGACGCUUUGCAUGCUUUGAAUUCAUCCAUCAAGUCCCAGCCUCGCCUCUUUCUCGGCACCAAAAAUGCUCAAGCCAAGUCUACCAUACUCGCAGCUCAAACCAACCAACACUCAUCGUACAGCACCACCGCCUUGCCUUCGGUGAAGACUGAUGUUUCGGCAUUGCUAGUUUUCGAUCAAAGAGAGCACCAUUCUGAGAGGAGCACAUUGAAGCCAACUCUAAGCAAGAUUGCAAUACUGAGUUUGGAAUUCUCAGAGGCUCUUCCUUUUGCUGCUUUUGCUUCUUUGCUUGUGGAGAUGGCAGUGAGGUUAGAUUUAAUCAUUGAUCAAGUGGAGAAACUGGCAAAAGAAGCACAUUUCAAGGAGUUCACAGAGAAAAAUGAUAUCAAGAUUGAUGUCAAAAUUUGUGACAGUGCAAUUGUUCUACCAACUAAUGUUGCUUGUGGUGAGUAGUAGUGUGGCAUUUGAUAGUCUUAUCAGAUAUAUAAAAUGCUGAAAAUUCAAUAGAUAAUUGAUCAAAUACACCUUUAAAAACAUGAGAAUAUUUUCCUUGUGGUUGAA